AUGAUUUAUUCUCUUCCAAUUAUUUCGAGAUUUUCAGUUUAUGUAUUAUAUUCUUUGGCAUAAUAUUUAACAACAAGAGCAUUGGUCGGUUAAUUUGUAAAUUAUUUAAUAACAGUUUCAUUAGCACAUGCCUACCCUUCUUAUAGAAAGCUUUAAAGACAAGCUCCGAAUGUAAGCAUAACUUCAUAUUCAGGAUUUGUUUCAUCUCUUGUCUCACUAAUUGAUAAGGAUAGAUUAGAGAAACUGAUGAUGUGAAAAGUAUCUUCUUUGGUAGUAAUUUGAUAGAAUGGAACAAGAGGUUUAUCUAAGGGAAUUCCAUUCUUGAAAACAUAUAAGAGAGGCUGA